CGCGUUAUGGCAACACCAGAGAAGGACCUGAGAGAAGAGAUCAGAAUGACGAAAGAGAAGGAGUAUUGUACGCUAAGAGAGGUGGAGGAACUGAAAAAGAAGAGAACGAAUGUGGAGGUCGAGAAGGUGUUAGCUGAAGCAAGGAAGUUGGAAGCGGAGGCGGAGAUUACCAGGCUACGGGAACGUAUGGAGAGGCUAUCGGUUGAGGCUGCGGUAGUGCCGAGUGGUGGGACCAACUUGAAGGGACGACUGGAGGAAGCUGCUGCCAGUGGUAUGAAGACUGUGAAGCGAGGGAGGCCAAGAAUAACUCCGACGAAGACAUCCAGGAAGGAAGGCGAGAUGGAGAAGGUCAAUGAUCGUUUUGUGUUCAUACGGGAAGAGAGUAAGAAGUUGCGUGCCCUGAAGAAAUCGGGGCUUGAGGCUAUCUGUCGGCAGGAAGGCAUCACCUACAAGACGGUAGAAACCACAACAGAGGAAUUGACGGAGAUCAGAGUUGACGCAUGUUUUGGCAGGAUAGGUAAUGGUGUUGAUGACAGGGCGGAUGUGGAAAAAAGGAAGGAAGCGUCAUCGAGCCAGGGGGGUGAUGAGGUUGCUCCGGAAGUGGAAGAUGUUCCCUCGGACUCGGCUUAGGGGGGCGUCCCGAACGCGGUUAAGUGUUGGAGGAUAUUGAAUGAGCUAAGAACUG